AUGUCGAAAAAGGGGCGAGUGGAGUACAUUCAAGAGUCAGAGCCGCCUUUCAUCCGGCGUUUCAAAGAACGUGCCGGAAUUGUCCAGCCUCCCACCAUCGCUAGCAAGCGAUUCACAUCUUCGUGUGACCACGAUGACGAUGACGGAGACCGUCCAGACGAACAACCACAACUGGUGCUAAAUGACUCUAGCGGGGUAACCGAGGACGAAGCCCGUGCCUUCUUGGCUAAAAAAGUGACAAAGCAAUCUGCUUCGGAAUCGAACAGUAUGGAAAAAGCCAACAUAAUUGAGGAGAAACUCGAUGUUGCGAUGGACCAGGGAAAGAAGAUACGUUACCGACCAGAGAGUGAACGCCAACAACGAUCUAACCACACGGAGUCUUCCACACACUUCAAUACUCGAAAAGCGAGCCGCGCAGACAAAACCGUGCGUGACCGCUCACCUCCGAGCAACCGAUCAGACGUGCGAGCUGGCCGCCCACAUGGCCUUCUUUCCUUUGAUAUAGAUACAGAAGAGGAAGUGUGA